AGAGAGAGAGAGAGAGAGAAAUGCCAACUGCCUUCACCCCCACCACCAUCACCACCAUCAUCAUGUUUGCGUUUGGAGAAGAGGCUGGCUGUUUAUCCACACUAAAGAAAACAGAGCUGGCUGUAGCUAUCAAAUUCUACAUUUUCUAACUUGCGGAUAAGAAGAAAAACAACUUGCACUGGAAAUUAAGCCUCGCUGGAGCCAGAGGAUUAUCAGACAUCUUUUUUCUAUGCUGCUGAACCGCAAUCUCUCCAGCUCCAGCUUCAGCUUAGCUCAGCUCAGCUCCACGAGGCUGUCCUCCAUUUUUCCUCCUCCUCCUGCUCUAUUUUGUUUACUCAGUCCAUUUUUCUCCUUCGCAUCGCCUUGCUGAGACUGAUAUCCACCAGUUUUGGGUGUUUUAGUGUUUUUUCGAGUGGAAUAACUAAAGAAAAACCCGUGUGGAAGGAAGAGAAGGUUUUUUUUCCUGGUGCUAAGCUAGUAGAUUUCCCCACACAGCAGUGGAAUGAGGUGGGGAGGCAGGCAGGCAGGGCGGGGAGAGACGGAUGCGCGUGAGGAGAGAGAAACGACAGAAACGCGGACAUUGUGAGGCCUUCCAGCGGUUUCUGAGGAUAAAGGAUGGACAAUUCGGCGUUAGACUGAUCCUAUAACGCUUCUGAACAUUCAUCGACCUCUCAGGACUGCGCUGGGCUGAGUAAACUGGGUAAAAAUCUAGAUAUAUCUCUAUUUAUAGUAGUAACUAACCUACCUAACCUUAACUAACUACUCUAGUCUACAGCAGCCAAAGACAAGGUUGCCAUCUAGCUAUUUAAUAACCCAUGCCAGCUCAAAACAGCUAAAAAAACUCAGGUUUUUUUUUUUAAGUCUUAACCUUAAAUGAGGCUCAUGAGCAUGAAGAUGAGGAUGAGGAUGCUGAUGAUGCUCCACUUGGAUUGUGUACCAACACCCCUGUAAAGCAAGCAAGCAGAAGAGGCUGAAGAACAAGUAAAUACAUGGAGGAGAACCUCUGUAUCUCUCAGGCCUACAGCAGAGGAGCGAGAGAAGAGAGCAAGAUCCAUCUUGGAGGAGCCUGUUCAUAUUGAUAUAGUUAACCUAGCUAUCCUAGCUACUCUGCUGUGUAGCUAACUUACCAACCUCCAUAAUAAUAUGCAAAUCACAUUACUGGUUCACUGACUGCAUGAGUGUGUGAUUUUGUUUUCAUCUGUCAGGACAAUCAAAACAAUCUGCAAAAAAAAAAAAAAAAGAAUAAUCUGCAGCCUUUCAGGACCCUCCCUCCAAAAGUUUAAUCACAAUGGGGAGCGACAGCGAGAUCCUAAACCGAGAGUUGGCGAAGUUAUCAGAUGAGGAGUUGCUGGCCUGCUCCAAAGAGGAGCUCGUGAACCGGUUGCGGAAAGAGGAAUCGGACAAGAUGUCAGCGCUCAUCCAGCGUGGCCGCCUCAUUAAGGAGGUGAACAAACAGCUUCAGGGACACCUGCUCGAAAUCAGGGAGCUCAAAGCCAUCAACCAGCGACUUCAGGAGGAGAACCAAGAGCUGCGGGACCUGUGCUGCUUUCUGGACGACGACCGGCUCAAGGUGAAGAAGUUGUCUAGGGAGUGGCAGCUGUUCGGCCACCAUGCUGCCAAGGUGAUGCGAGAGGACCUGGGCGGAUACCUGAAGAAGCUGUCGGACCUGGAGCGCAUGCAGGACGGCUUGGUGAAGGAGAACAUGGACCUGAAGGAACUGUGCUUGGUGCUGGAGGAGGAGUGCGUGAGCAGGAGUGAUUCCAGCCCAGGUGGAUCCACAGAGCUCAACCUCCCAUGCAUGGUGGCCCGGGACCUGGGGGACGGCAGCUCUAGCACGGGGAGCGUGGGCAGUCCGGACCAGCUUCACCUGGUGUGCUCACCUGACGACUGAAGAGCCAUAGCACUUUCCUCUCCCCCUUUUCAGAGCAUCUCAGAGAAUAAACUGAAGGAAGCUGAUGUGGUCCGAUCCAAGAGGAGCAUGGUGAUUUUGCGAUUUUGCUUUGAAUUGAAUUUUUGUUGUUACCCAGCCUACAUCUUGACCACUAAAAUUGGACAGACGUGAUGGAAUUUGUUUAUAUUCUGACAUUGCCUGGUGCCCUUUAGGCACAUUUUUUCCCUUUCUGUUGUUUUUUUCUCCUUAAGAUGUUGUUGAUUUUCCUCCUGCUAUAGACAAGACUUUCUAAAUGUGAAUGAAAUUUCUUUACCAUUGGUAUGAGACAUGAUAGGAAUAGUUUUAAGCUUUAAACUUCUUCUUUACUUUUACUAUCUUGCAUUGUAUUUGUAUCCAUUAUUUAAACGUAAAAGUAUUGAGAUCACUUGGAUGUUUCCCCCUCCUUUCUAACAGGGGUUGUAAAUAGAAGAAAAAAGAAAGAAGAAGUUAAGAAAUAAGUGGACUUUUGAAACUUUUAAACUGAGAAAAAAAAAACGGGAAGAUCCAAUCAAACUGCUGACUCACACCAGGUUUUACUGUGCACUGAACUGUAUUUCCAAUGGGCUGAUGUUUUAAUGAUGCACUAGACAGGGCUGAAAUGAAUCUCGAGGAAGAUUCACUUUUUUAAAACUGCGUAGAGCCAUAAAAUGAUCUGUUUGAGAUCAUGCACAAACAGCACUGAAUCAUUUUCCAGGGCGACUCGAGACGAGCGGCAUAAAGUCCUGCUCAAAACUGACUGGGCCUCUGGUUUAAAAUGAUUGGAUUGCCCAUGACUUACUUGGCAGUAUUGAUGGAGGCCUCUUACAAUGCCUCAUAGAAACUGCACAUUCAGAAACAGUAUAUUUUUCCACUUUACAGUGUGCUGUUUAGUGUUGGGAGGUUUAUUACACUAUACCAGUUUAUUGAGUACUGCACUGGAUUACAGUUGGAUUACAACGCUCAUGCAUUGAAUCAACCUUAUAAUUUAACUGCACAUGCUUUUACCAAGCUUUUUAUGUGAUUUGGUUGAUGCUUCGAUUGGAUUUUACUAGACUACUUGCAGCGUUUACACACUGGCAACUGGUGGACACUACAUUGACAUGUGAAUUUGUAAUAUUGUCAUCUAUAUAAUAUUGUUACUAUGAUUAUUUUCCUUCAGCUUACUGUAUUUUUGCUUACCACUGGGCCAUUAUGCAUAUACAUGUUUUGGCUUAGACUUACUUUACAAUCGGUAUAUUAUAAUCAGCAUUACUUUCAAAUGACUGGAUUUCUUCUGUUUAGCACAUCAGACUCUUUCAGAUUCCUGUCUUUGUUUCUGGCUGUAAUCUUUGGGCCAUUUGCUCAUUGUGAGUGGGAGAGCUUUAAAUACACUUGACUGAUACACCCA